AUGGAUAUGCCAAUCGCCCACUUCUUCUUUUCGUCCAGCUUUGAAAGUCGAGGGAAUCCUUUCAUUGCUAUAAGGUCCUGGCUGUCUCAGCUGAUAUCUCACUCGGGUGUAUUUGAAUCCAUUCGUGAUGUAUGGGAAACUACCCGAGGGGAACGGACAACGCGUGGAGAAGUUGUAAAUCUUCUACAGGAGGUAGUAUCAACUAAUCCUGGAUGCACACUUAUCUUGGACGGCCUAGAUGAAUGCGACUGCAUAAGUGAAGCUCACUCAGUAGUCAAUACUAGUGACUCCACCGCCCGUUUCUUAGAGACAUUGAGGCAGGCGACCACAGGCACUUCUACACGAAUCCUGAUUGUUAGCCGCGAUGAACCUCAGAUUCGGCAUUUUCUAUCAAAUGACCGUGCCCAUGACCCUAUUCAGGAAUAUAGAAUCACGCCCGAAGAUAACGAGAAUGAUAUACUAUCCUACUCUCGAAGCAUUGUUAGCGAAAGGCUACCGAAGAAAACAGCCGCAACAAGAGAAGAAACUACCCAGCGACUUGCAGAUCGCUGUAAUGGUCAGUUUCUGUGGAUCAAGCUGCAACAAAACACGUUACGCAGUGGAAAAAGUCAAAAGCGACUCGAAGAAGCUAUUGAUGCUACACCGGCUGGGCUCGAGACCUUGUACGAGCGGAACUGGACCAAAAUAUCACAGCUUCCAGAGGAAGAUCGAAGCAGAGCCUUCUCCUUGCUUCGUUGGGCCGCAUUUAGUCUGCGACCACUGACAGUCAUUGAGACUUCUGCUGCAGUCUUAGAUCAAGACGACUGUGACGAGCUCUUGUUGGAUGAUCUGCCGGACAGCAUUGAUGAGGACUAUACUGAUACCGAGAUACUGGAAAUUUGCGGAUCUCUUCUCAAAAUCAGAGGCCCAGAAGGAGAUCACGAUGCUGGGUUGAGGACAGUGAACUUGGCGCAUUUCUCAGUGAAGGAGUACUUGCUUCGCAAUAUCCCUACGCAAAUCAACACGUUGUUCACAAUUUCCACCGAAGAUGCGGAGAGCACGAGACUUGCUAAGAAGUGUCUUCGCUUUGUGAACUGUCAAAAAAUCUGGCAUGGAACUUCUGAUGCCGAGAAAGACCAAGUCCUCAGCUCAUUCCAAGAUUACGCAGCGGAUUCGUGGCACCAUCAUGCCACUGUUGGUGGCAUGAACGAUCCCGAUCUGUUGGAUCUCAUCAAUAGACUUUUUGAUGUAGAUAACCCCAGUUGGUUUCAAUGGAAAAGAUGGUUCGAAUCGAAGAAAAUGGACUCUGAGAGCCUUGACACGACAUCCAGAAUCGAGACAACCGGCCCGCUGUUUUAUGCAGUCUGGCUUGGACUUGAAAAUUUAGUCAAGCUUCUUCUCAAUCAGGCCAAGCUCAACUAUAUCAAUGAUAAAAGCUACGAAGGACAGUCAUCUCUUUGCAGCUUGCGAAAAGCGAGACUUGGAAAUCGUUAG